AAUGCAUGAAUUGCACUAAGCUCACAGACAUGACUGAGCGGCUGAAUACCCUUGAAGCGAAGAUCUUACUGCUGGAGGCUGCAGAGCGAGUCCCGCCUUCAGAGAACGACCUGCCAGUGGUGAGGACGACGGCCACGUGGUAUGAUGACUUCGUGCCCGACGCCAUUCCUCUAGCCAAGCCGGGUACCGUGCUGAGGAAACCUGUGGGACCCGUAGGGCUACCGGGACCGACGGGGAAACCAGGCCCAAAAGGGGAGAAGGGAGAAGUUGGCGAGAGGGGGAUGUCUGGACCACCAGGUCUGCUGGGGCCUCCUGGACCCAGGGGAUAUCCAGGCGAAACUGGAAUGCCAGGGCCGCCGGGGCCACCAGGACCACCUGCGUCUCCAAGCCUGCCUUUGACCUUCCAGCAAGGUGUCCUGUAUUCGCUGCAGCCCGGCGCUGAGAAAGAAAAUGGAGAGCCACAGCUGGCCUCCACAGUCAUUGACACUAUCCUGGCCGGCUUGCCGGGACCUCGCGGCGCACCAGGACCCAUUGGACAACCGGGCCCACCUGGAUCAUCAGGCCCCAAAGGGGCCCCGGGAUCUGUUGGCACUCCUGGCUUACAGGGCAUCCCUGGCUCCCCAGGACAGCCUGGACCGAAAGGAUCCAAAGGAGACCGAGGAGAAAAGGGACAAGUGGGUCUGACCGGUGAAAGAGGCAUUAAGGGAAUUCCUGGUGAACCUGGCAAGAAAGGCGAAGAAGGAGACAAAGGUGCAGAUGGCGAAGGUGUGCAACAGCUCCGAGAGGCCCUGAAGAUUUUAGCCGAGAGAGUGUUGAUUCUAGAACAUAUGAUAGGAAUCCACGGCUCAGGACAAGAUGUGAUCCUGGGCGCCCCGCUCCGAGCGAACAUGAAAAUCAAGCGACACCAUUCGAACCAGAUCAUCUCCUCACUGCUGGACGACAGCGAGACCAAAGGGAAGAGCAACGGAAGGAAGCCCAGCCAUGAAGGCUGAAGAGGCUCAGAUACCGUGGACUUCUGUCAGAUGUCCCUGCAGGUCAGGAAGAUGGAACAUCUGUUGGGACAGGAAAGCCAUCUGCGAACUCUCCACAACCUUUCCAAUGUAUAUUUCGCACGCGGUAGACCUCCUAUCUCUUUGUUUCUGUCCUGUCCUUCUCAGCCGAUCAUGGCAAUAAUGUCUAGCUGCUGCCAGGCAAGCUCACAUAAUCCAAGCGGGCCACCGUCCUCCAUCCUGCUGCGCCUGUAAACAUAGCUCAAACGCUUCCCCCUCUUCCGACCUCUUGCCAGCACAAGAGGAGUAGGUUCCCUAAGCAUCAUCCCUGCACAAAUGGCUCCUUUGGGCCAAAUGCUGGUCCCCAGUGGGUCCGGGGGAAGAGGUGGUCUCUGAGGUCAUCGCAACCCACCAGUGACCUCGUCUCUCUUGCAUCCUUCCCCGUUCUUCUGGAAUUGCACCCACUUCCUCCUCCUGUUUCCUCCGAAGCAGUGCACACAGGUGGGGAGAGGUGGGACGGAGGGAGAUGGCGUUCGUGGGUUUUUGCUGGGGAGGCACCAUGAGGAGAGGUGGCGGUGUUAAGCCUGGGUGUGGGCAGAGGAGUGCCCCCCGCACACCACCCUGCUUAGGAUGACCACCUCAGGGUGAUGAAUGAUAAGGCUCUUCCCGGGUUCCAGAAACCAAGACGUUGGGCAUGAUCCAGGCACCAGCAUCUCCGAGAAUGUCUGAGGCCCACACCCAAAUUUCCUUCCUUCCUUCUGUUUGACUCACAAGAUGCCUUCUGUUGUAGCCCUUCUGCAUUCAGACACUCUGGAGCAUUUUCUGCCUAUUUAAUCCGUGCAGGGAUGCUCCGCUGGCUCUCUGCAAAUCAUUUGCCGUGAACCGAAAGGGUUCUGUGGGACCCACCCCACCCUUGCCUGCCACGGAGUAUUGUGGCUGGGAGGGUGAAUGACACAGCAUAGCUAUUUUCCAUGCCCUUUCGGAUCUUUUCGCAGAAGAAUUCAAGAUAACCCCUCGAAGGAACUGAAGGUGUCUCUGAAACACAGUUUGAAAGCCAUUGUUCUGCUUGGUUUUACAACCAUUGCCCUCAUGCAGGGGAAAAGGGAAAAAAGAAAAAAGAAACACACCAUGUCCAAUUAGGGGUAUGAAUUGCUGGUAUUUGUUUACUAAUCCUGCUGGCAAAACUUCAUUCUGGGGACCUAAGAUCCAUGAAGCCCGUAAACAUCUUUCAGAAUCCAUCUACCAUCUGCUAAAGUUCAGCUUAGCUCUUCACCCCUUAACUACAAGAUCAUUUCUGGAUUCUCCUAUCCAUGAGCAAAGAUUCCAUCACCGGUUUCUCAUUUUAUGUCUGAAGUCCGCGAGUUGCUGUGGAUGAUGGGGAACCACAAGAGUUAGGGUUGCUCCUUGGGACCAUCACUGCCCAAAUCCUACAGACGUACUUCUUGUAGGAACCAGCCAAACUUUUUAAAAAAGCAAACUUCCCCAUCUCUGGGGGAACAACCAUGGCAUUACUUGCCAAGUUCAUGGAUUUUGUUGGGUGUAACGGGGUGAAUUUCACCAGGCAAUGUUUUCCCCGUUCCCUCAGGUUCACACUCACACAAAUCUCUCCUCCUAAGUUUCCGCUCAACACAACAGAUGUUAAAGGCACCAGAUGCCCAAGCAGAAAAGAGAUGUACUCCCAGUCACUAGGUUGUUGAGAUUUUGGAAGAUGGACUCCCCAUCUCGCUUCACAAGCCUUGCUUUGUUUCGACACUUUCAAGCCUAAUUCUCUCAGCCAUGAGGACUAGAAACCUAGUGGCAAGCUGAGAUUCUCAAGAAGAGGCAUUAGGUCUGCCAAACUCAUAGAAAUCAUAGAAAAGUGAAGUUGGAAGGGGCCUACAAGGCCAUCAAGUCUGACCCCUUGCUCCAUGCAGGAAUCAAUCUUUGGUGCCUUCAUCACCCCGCUUUGCUGUGGAAGCCCUUCUUUACCUUCUAGGGUUGUUGUAAAAUAAAAUAAAAAGGGGACACUUGCAGAAUGCAUCCCCCCCCCAAAAAAACCAUAAUUUCUGGCCACUGUUCACUGUGGUGAGGGCAAGUAGGUUAAAAUGGAGAAAAGAUAGGGCUCUGGUGGCUAAAUCUGCUUCCCAGAAAGUAAAUAUUAGAGGUGUGGAGACUGGGUGUCUUUGGGACUGCACAACUGCUGGAGGAAUUCUGAGCAUCAAAGUCCAAAGCCACAAGUCUUCGCACCUCUAGUAAAAACCAUGAAGACUGAACGCAGGGCAGCUUACUUCAAAGUAAACAUGACAUUAGUUUUGUAUCAUUUCAGCAGCAAAGGGGCCUGUUUUAGUCAAUGGGAUUGAGCCCGAAAUAUAGAGGCCUCAGUCUUGUUACUCCCAACUGGAAGAAACUCAUUGCACCCCUGACCAGAAUUUGGUUGGAGAUUUAUACUGGUGUGCAUGUAAUUAUGUAAAUCACAAUCCGGGGUGGGAUUUUUGGUUUCUCUAAACUGCUGAUACCAUAAUUCUCCAUUGGCCCUAUCUUGUGGGCGCAUUACAACACCGCAGUGUGAUGCAACUGGGAGCAAGGCCUAAACUGAAAAGCUCUUGGGCUGAGCUCGGCCUAGCUUCCUGUUCCUGCCCCCAGUGCUAGCUGGGAGCUCUCUUUCUGUGCAGGAAGCUCAGGCUGAGCUCGGCCUAGCCUAGCUCAAAGCCUUUCAGUUUAGACCUUUCUUCCAGGUGAAUCUCAGGGAGCUGUUUGUCAGGUACCUGCAAAGUAGGAAGACCUCCCAGAACUGUGUUUGUAGUCCAGAAAAUCUUAAAACCCCAUACUUAAUAACAACGGUGAAUUGCUGCUUUUUGAACUCUUUGCUGCUUUCUUUCCUAACCUCAUGCCAAGCCAUGCAACCAACAUAGGUCCAAGAAAGCAAGUAGCAACUCGUUAAUUAGCAACGAUUUCCUGACACCAUUGAUGCAUUUACUCUUUUGCCUGUGCAAAUGCUCAGUAUGCUUCUGAACCAUGAGGCUUACGGAAGUGUUGAUUUAACAUGACUCAUUCAUUCAGUGGGUCUACCCUAAUUUGGAUUAACAUUUGCAUUUAGGCCAUAUUCGUUUACAGUUUUAAUGCUGCUUUGCCACUGAUUUCAGCCUAAUAAACCCCUGGUAUGUUACAGUUAUUUAACAGUAAUUACAAUAAUUUUAAAAAGAAAAUAGUUUUCAGAAACAGAGAGAAGUUUCAAGCUGGCAUUCACAUACUUUUCUUGCUACACAACGUGUAACGAGUUUAAAGUUAUUGGAAGGGAUCCUUUUUGUUGAUGAACGACGUAUGAGGAAGUGAGUCCACGAAACCUAAUGCCCAGUAAACCUUUUUUUCAGGCACCACAAUCACCUUUGGUUGGUCUUGUUCGGAGGAACGUGGCUCUGCUUUGCUCUGAUAAACAUUUUUUUUUCAUUAUUUCACAAAUGCUCCAAGGUUGACCUUAUGGAUAUCCCUCAGUAAACCUGCGAUGAGGCAAGAAGUUGAGGUCCUUUGCAAAGAGCGCAGAUAUUCCUCCGUUCGUGCCUCUUCAAAGCAUGCAACACGUGCGUCUCUGCAUGCACACACAUCCUCAAGUGAAUCAACCGUUGGAAUCAAAAUGUUGCGACAGGAUAUUUAGCAGCAUUAACCUUGACCCACAAAGCCUCAGUUGCCACUGUAAAGUAAGGCAAGGCAAAAGGUUCACAUUGUAGGGAGUGUGAUUUACCUGGAGGCAAAAGCAGCUUAGCUCUGAUAUGCAGGAGAGACGCUUCACAUCUAACUAUCCAGCCCUGCGCUAUUGUGACCGUAUAAUGCAGAAGCCGUGGCUGAGGUUCCUAGUCCCGUGCUGGCUGUCAGAAGUGUAGAUGGUCUAUAGGUUUCUUUCAAGUCUGUGCCUGCCCCCACAGCCUCCCCAUACAGGAUGCGAAAGAGGUGGCCCCAAAGGUGCUAUAAAUAUCUAUAAAUAUUAAAUAUAUAUAUAUAUAUUUAAUUUAUACUCAUGUGUUAUUAACAUCCACUAGUGUCCCAACUCCUUUUAAAGCUCCUAAUCCUGAUACUUGCUGGGAGAGGGGUUGUUUGCUUUCAAAUCAUCGUCAUGCUGAGCUUGCACCGACCGGCGCUAGGAGCGCUUCUGUCUGAACGGGUGUGCUUUUGUCGAUUUAUCAGGAUCUGUGGAACGGCGAAUCCUGAUCGGCAACGAGAGAGCUCAAGCAGGCCACUUGGGAAACGGGCCAAGACACCGACAACUCAAAGCGGCCCUGCCUCAGAAUCUUGUUGCCUUAAAUCCUGCUUCUUGCAUCCUCUUCUUUAAGUCCAGGGCAUGGAAAGGAAGAGACUUUGAACCCUGAUCUGCCCCCCCCCCGAGGCUUCUGGUUCCUAACUCCCCAGUACAAUGGGAAAAAGGAGCCCACCCUUCUUUCUGCCCCCAGAUUGUGCAUUGUUAACUGUUACUGUUCACUGUAUCUUCCCUCCCCACCUUUACUAUGGGGUUUGUUACUGUAUGUGGAAUAUUUUGUACUCCGUUUUUUUGGGGGGGUGUUUUCCCCCCUCCUUUACAGAACCGAGUGGGGACACUAUUAAAGGGCCCACAGAUACCAAAUCCCUGCUUAUUUAAUGCACUGAGAAAUAAAACAUACUGU